CAACUGCCGUUAACAAAUUAUCGCCAUUUUGUCUUCCGGGAGGUUCAUAAAAACGGUCUCAUAUAAAUUUGAAUGGAUAUGGAAGUAUAUUUUUGACUUAAGUGGAUUAUUGAGAUCAUAAUGAAUUCUUGGUAUAAUAACCAAACACGCUUAAACCAGAAACAAUUGAUUUAUUAGCAAAGUGUUUACAAAAGUUCGAUGUGGAAAUUAACUCACUAACUGCUGUGUCUGUGUGACGUUUGUAAUUGAAAUUGUAACUUUUAUAUAUUGGAGUAUAACUUACUAAGUUACUAUAAUUACAUAUUGUUUUAUCCUGUGCACUUAACUAGAAAGAAGAAAAUGUGAUUGUAGUGACGUAACAACAGAAAUUGACUGAGGCUUUAAUAAGUUGACAUUUUUUUAUGUGUUAGGCUUAAACUUUUAACUUUAAGUUAAAUUUUGUUAGUGUGCUAAAAUGGAUUCAAAAAAGUUUUCUUCUCCACAAGAUGAGAUUAAUUACUGGCGAGAAACUGCACAGAAGUUCAAACAUGAACUGGAGGAGACGCGCGAGGAGUUGGAGGAGUUCCAGAUCAGCAGCAGGGAGUUGGAGGCGGAGCUGGAGGCCCAACUACAACAGCUGGAGAAGAAGAAUGAGGUCCUUGAUCAGAACAACUCCAAACUGCAGCACGAGGUUGACUCACUUAAGCAUAAGCUGGAGUGUUUACAGUCCCAGAGUCACGGUCAGAUCUCGGAUCUGGAGAGUGAGCUGUCACAAGUGCGGGGUUUUAAAGACGAGCUUCAGAAAUACAUACGGGAAUUAGAACAGGCUAAUGAUGACCUGGAGAGGGCUAAACGAGCCACGGUAGUCUCGUUAGAAGAUUUUGAAACCAGGUUAAAUCAGGUACCAAAGGCCAUAGAGAGAAAUGCAUUCCUUGAGAGUGAGCUGGAUGAGAAGGAAACACUUUGAACUGUCCAGAGACUCAAAGACGAGGCCAGAGACUUGCGACAGGAGCUGGAACACAACAACCUGAAAUCUCCACACUCCUCCUCCGCUCUGAAGAACGGUGUACAUGAAAACGGCACCUCACAUCAUGCAGACCAACAGAAUCCAAAUGUUACACCAAAUAAAGGAAUGCCAGCCAUUAAUGGAGGCACCCCACUCACACCUUCUGCAAGAAUAUCUGCUCUUAACAUUGUUGGUGAUCUUUUACGAAAAGUUGGAGCUUUAGAAAGCAAGCUAGCCUCCUGCCGAAACUGUAAAGAUCCACCCCGCGGUAGCAGUACCCUUAGUGGCAACAGCCCUGUCAGUUCACCCAGGUCCAAAAGAAUGACACGCGGGUCCGUAGUCCAUCCACAGCCCAGUGUGAAGAUCCCAGUAUAGCCUGUGCCAAAGCCUAUACAGUCUCAGACGCUCUCUCAACCACAACCACGUUUCUUUGCUGCACACCACUUCAAACAGCUUGAUGGCUGUCAUCAUACCGCUACUACAUCAGCUUAAUCACUAUGGUUUAUUGGUUCAUUCCUCAAAUUUGAAUACAUUUUUCUUAUACUACUGUCAUUAUUUGACUCAUGUACGUUUGCAUUGUCAUUUUACUAACCAAUUUUGUUGUUUUGUCAAAGUUCAUUUGGUUAUUUAGCACUGUAUUUUUGAGUUCCUGGAUGUCCAUCUGAAAGUUCUUUUCUCUGCCAUAAGUUGCCAUAUAUUGAUGGAUUUUUAGCUCGACUAUUAUAUAUGAAAUAUAUAUAGUGGAGCUAUCCUACUCACUCAGGGCGUCAGCGUGAGCGUCUGCGUUAGUUUGCGUUAGCGUGCAAAUGUUAAAGUUUUCGUACUACCCCAAAUAUUUUCAAUGUCCCUUGACAUAUUGCUUUCAUAUUUUGCAUACUUGUUUACCAUCAUGACCCCAA